UACCACCACGACCAGUCCGCAGGAGCAGCAGACGCACGUACUCUCUCUCUCUCUCUCUCUCUCUCUCUCGCAAUCCCAGUAUUACCAGUUCUGACUCCACUCCUCCAUCUUCCCCCCUCUGUAAAACCCUAGAAAUCGAUUCCUCCUCUCUCCCUCCGUCCGUCGAUCCAUCCAGUCGAGCCCUCGAUUUCUUCAUCUCCGGCACAUCGAGUUGCGUCGUCUUUCUUCCGUACCUGCUCGAGAAUCGCGUCGCGGCGGUGGUGCUUGAUUUGGGGACCGUGGUCAUCUUGGGGCCUGUGAGCGAGGGAGAACGGAGCUGGGGAGGUCCGACAAGGCUGGCGGGUUCCGGGGCCUCGUAAAUGGCGGAUCCGCCAGGUAUCCGCCGGGGGAAAGACGCUGCCUUUGUUCAAUCGGUUUCGCCAGAGUUCGAGCGCUGUGACAAUCGCGAGGAUUAAAGUAUGCUGAGCGUGCUUCGCGUGCACUUGCCCUCGGAUAUACCCAUUGUAGGCUGUGAGCUCACGCCGUACGUGCUUCAGCGACGACCCGACAAGUCUCUCUCAACGGACGAUGUCCCCGAGUCCGCUCCAGUGGACGGCCACUUCUUGAGAUACAAGUGGUACCGGAUACAAAGCGAUAAGAAAGUUACGGUCUGUAGUGUACAUCCAUCUGAACAAGCCACAUUGCAGUGCCUAGGUUGUGUUAAGGCCAAAAUACCUGUUGCUAAAAGCUACCAUUGUUCGCCUAAGUGCUUUUCAGAUGCAUGGCAGCAUCACCGAGUUCUGCAUGAUCGUGCUGCAAGUGCUGUCAGUGAGAAUGGGAAUGAGGAGGAAGAGUUAUUCGGACGUUUCAACAGCUCAGGAUCUGGAGUUGUUAAUACUGCUUUAUCUGGUUCUUUAUCUAGUUCUACAUUGACAAAUGGAUCGGCGCCUUUGUAUCCGCAGACAGUUACACAAAGGAGUGGUGGUGUUACUUGGAUUGAGGUAGGACGCUCUAAAACUUAUACCCCAAGCGCAGAUGAUAUCGGUCAUGUUCUUAAGUUCGAGUGCGUGGUGGUUGAUGCGGAGACAAAACUUCUUGUUGGACAUGUCAACACCAUUUUGACUUCUUGCGUCAUUCCUGCACCUUCUCCUAGUCCACGACGAUUGAUCCCUGUUAGUGGAGUUGAUAUGAUGGGAAAUGUAGAUUCAGAUGAUCGUGUUUCCUCUGGAACAUUUACUGUGCUUUCAUACAACAUUUUGGCUGAAGUUUAUGCCUCCAGUGAGUUUUACAGUUACUGCCCUUCAUGGGCUCUUUCUUGGCAAUAUCGCAGACAGAAUUUGCUACGGGAAAUAGUGGGUUAUCGUGCAGACAUUGUUUGCCUUCAAGAGGUUCAAAGUGAUCAUUUUGAGGAGUUUUUCGCCCCUGAAUUAGACAAACAUGGUUAUGAAGCUUUGUACAAGAGAAAAACAAACGAGGUUUAUGGUGGGAAUAUCGAUACAGUAGAUGGGUGUGCUACAUUUUUUCGCAGAGAUAGAUUUUCUAACGUAAAAAAAUACGAGGUUGAAUUUAACAAAGCAGCACAGUCCUUGACAGAAGCAUUGGUUCCAAGCACCCAGAAGAAAGCUGCUUUAAAUCGAUUAGUUAAGGACAAUGUUGCUUUAAUAGCUGUUCUAGAAGCAAAAUUCAGUAAUCAGGGAGGUGAUAAUCUCGGAAAAAGACAGCUUCUUUGCGUGGCGAAUACUCAUAUUAAUGUCCCACAAGAUCUAAAGGAUGUGAAGCUUUGGCAGGUCCAUACCCUUUUGAAAGGAUUGGAGAAAAUUGCUGCCAGCGCUGAUAUUCCAAUGUUAGUGUGUGGCGAUUUUAAUUCCGUCCCAGGAAGUGCGCCUCAUUCACUUCUUGCUAUGGGAAAGGUUGAUCCAGUGCAUCCAGAUUUAUUGGUCGAUCCCUUGGGUAUCUUGCGCCCUUCUAGCAAGCUGGCCCAUCAGUUACUAUUGGUCAGUGCGUACUCAUCCUUUGCGAGAAUGGGUGCCGGUCCUGGUUUGGAGCAGCAAAAGAGGAGGUUGGACAGCACAACAAAUGAACCUCUGUUCACUAAUUGCACCAGAGAUUUCAUCGGCACAUUAGAUUAUAUAUUUUACACUGCGGACUCUUUGACGGUGGAGUCUUUGCUGGAGCUCUUGGAUGAGGAUAGCUUGAGAAAAGAUACAGCACUUCCUUCUCCAGAGUGGUCUUCUGAUCAUAUAGCUCUUUUAGCAGAAUUUCGUUGCAAGCCAAGACCCAGACGUUGACUCUUCAGUUUCAUCUAUGAGCAAAGGUAAGUGCUGGAGACACCUAAGGCAAGUGAAGUGCAAGUUAAUAGACAAGGAUGAAGGUGUUCCCGAAUGCAUAUCCUAUCCUUUCCAGGUAGAUGCUUGUGGGAUCCUCGCUAUGAUCUCUGCCCGUGUAAUGUCCACCGUUGUCACAUAAAAGAAAGUGAAACCGACGUAUUGAGAUACGUCCUCUUUUUUUUCUUUUUAACCUUUCCGUCCAUAGAAAAUUGUUCAGCAAUGUCCACCAGCUCUCAAUAGAAGAUAGUCAUUAUCCUGUACUCUAAUUUUAUCAGCAAAGCAAAUGGUUGAUGGACUGCAUUUGCAUGUCCUUUUUACAGUGUUCCUUA